AUGCGUCGAUACCUUGGCAUAAUCCGACCAAUCACUCCACACUUGCUGCGGGGCUUCUCAUCAUCGGUAGCUAGCCCCGAACCCCCUGAUGAUCCAUUCGACGGAUUCACGCGUUCAAUACACAUGAAGAAACAGUUUGUGGAGGUCAAGCAACUUGACGGCAGUGUCAAGAAGGUACCAAGUGGUCUUGUUGACAACUCCAAAGAGUGGAUAGGUGAUGCGAUGGUACGUUAUCAACUGAAAAUGACCGCAAACAUAGAUUGGACAAUGGAGGGUUUCGCGGAGCGAGCGCGGAAGCGGCUACUUGAGAGACAUAAACGUCGACAAGUGAUUACCGCGGAGACGAUUGAGAAAAGAGGCAGCCUGGACUUGGCUGUGGCGCACAUGGUCUGCAAUCUCGGUGGACGCGUCCAGUUUGUUGGCGAUUCGCCAAACCGCUGGCGUCAGCGCUACAACAAGGGCCCACCUGAUCUCCCUCCCUUCUGCUCAGACGACCUCAAACUUGAGGCCAUCGACCUUUCUGGCACCGCCAUCAUGUACGAAGGCCUAACGAGAUUGCCUCAGUUGACGCAUUUGAAGAUUCUGCGAUUGCGAAGGUGUCUCUAUCUGAAUGAUCACUGCCUCUCCCUGGUUGGUCAGAUAACCGAAUCUCCGCUGGAAUACCUUGACAUCAGUGAGUGUCAUCGCAUAACGGCCAAUGGAAUCACCACUCUCACUGAACUCAAAAGCCUUCAACGCCUUCUUUUGCAAGGCAAUCCCACCCUUGAGGAUCGGGAAUUAGUUUGUCUCCUGUUAGAGGAGUAUCUGCCGAAAGUCUACAUCGAAGGCGUGGAUUACUUGGGAAAUCUCCCAGAGGCUGCCAAGCAGCGAGUCCUCGCUCUGGAUUCAUCUGAAAACGACUCGCUCCUCACAGAGCAUGUCGCCGAGGAGGCAGAGAGCCUCCGUGUUACUUCUAAAUGA